UCCAAAAAAAAGUCAGCGCCAUCUUUUCUCUAACAUUUUUCUCCUUAUUAGUAACUUGCUUCAAUAACCAAAAACAUCACACCAAAAAACUUUCAACUUCCUAGCCAUAACCAAAAAAAAUUGUCUUUGCAUUCAUAAUAAUGGAUGAAGAUUGGGAUUUGUUUGCAAUAGUUAGAAGUUGUCAAUCAUCUACAAAUAAUACUUCAAGCAAUAGUACUACACCAUCUUCCAUUAAUUCCACUUGUGAUUUCAAUGUAGAAUUAGAAUAUGAUGCAUUUUCUUUUCCCAACAAUAUAGUGCAACCUAUAACCAAUGAGAUUCAAGAGCUAAACCAAUUAUUCACAUCUUUUAACCCCACCAACACCACUACUACCACUAGUGCUCAUGGUAUCAAUCCCAAUUCCCCUACUCAUAUGGCAAAAUGCAUUGGACAACAACAACACCAUCUUCCCCCUAUUACUUCCUCUUCCAUUUGGCCUAACUUUGUGCAAGAAGCAUCCACUUCUACCUUCAACAAUUUCAAUAACCAACAACUACAAACAUUUCAGAAACAAGAAUUUCAAGUACCACAAAGCUUCCAACCUCAAACUCCAAGAUCAAGAAAAAGAAAAAGUCAACAAGGAAAAAUGGUGUGUCAUGUGACAGCAGAUAAUCUCUCAGCAGAUUUGUGGGCAUGGAGAAAAUAUGGACAAAAACCUAUUAAAGGUUCUCCAUAUCCAAGGAACUAUUAUAGAUGUAGCAGUUCCAAAGGUUGUACUGCACGAAAGCAAGUUGAAAGAAGCAACACUGAAGCAGACAUGUUUAUUGUGACAUACACAGGAGAUCACAACCAUCCAAAACCUACCCACCGGAACUCGCUCGCCGGAAGUACACGAACCAAGUCGCCGACGAUACAGCCAUCCACUUCAAUUUCUUGUCAAGCUAAUAACACAAAUUCUUCUUCCUCCUCGUUAGGAGCUUCGGUUGAAGAAGAAGAGGAUAUGGAAGUGGAAAUGGAAAGUGAUGAGGAAGGUGAAGAAGGUUGUGAAUUGUGAUUCACUGCUACUUGGUGGCUUCAAUCACUUUCACGGUUGAGUUUUUUGUUUUUUGUUUUUAUGUAAAUAAAUAGUUUAAGAACAAGACUUAUGGGGCAUUUUCUUAAGUAUUUGUGACAUUGUUUAAAAAGCUAAUAAGAAAAUGCAUUAAACUUAAAUAGUGUUUGAGUUGUGUGGUUGCAUCUCUUAGAGAUUCCCUAAACAAUGGUAUGCAAAAUGUUCAUCAAUGUUUGAUGUCGUA